UAUGCGAAGCGUAUAUAUAAAUCUGUCUGUUGGAGAAGAGCUGCCUGUACACACUUAUUGUGAGUGAGAGGAGACACGUUGUAAGUCCCUUCAAUAAACUGAAUGACCAGUAGAGCAUCUAUUAAUGAAGUUUACACCAAGCAGGGCUACACAAAACUACCGCCUGGAUACGGAAGUACAGCACACAGACUGAUCAGUGCUUUUGUCUGCCUUGCGGACUUUGCGUCCCUCUAAACAAACAAAAAAAAAAGUUAGGCCAAGCAACUUAAGGAGGGAAAUAAUCAGAGGCAAUCAUGAAUGGCUUUCCGGAAAUGUCGAUUAAGUGCGUCCUAGUCGGGGACAGCGCAGUCGGAAAAACGGCCCUGCUGGUCCGCUUCACCUCAGAAACUUUCCCCGACACCUAUAAGCCCACAGUGUUUGACAACACAGGGGUGGAGGUGUACAUGGACGGUAUCCAGAUCAGCCUGGGGUUGUGGGACACGGCUGGCAAUGACAGCUUCAAACAGAUCCGACCAAGAUCAUACCAGCAGGCCGAUGUCGUCCUAAUCUGCUUCUCUGUGGCUAACCCCCACUCUCUCGCCAGUGUCCAGAACAAGUGGAUCAAUGAGGUUCGACAACACUUGCCCAGGGUACCGGUGCUGGUUGUGGCAACCCAGACAGACUUGAGGGAAAUGGGUGGGCACCGGGGCACAUGCAUCACACCAUCCGAGGGUAAACAUGUGGCUCAAGAUGUUAGGGCUAAAGGCUAUUUGGAGUGCUCCUCCUUAAGCAACCGCGGUGUGCAGCAGGUGUUUGAGUACGCUGUGCGGACAGUUGUUAACCAGGCCAAGAAACAGGCCAGAAGACGCAUGUUCAGCAUGAACCAGUGUAAGGUCUUUUGACCCAUUCACCUUGAUUUUGUGAGCUCCUGAGCCUUUUAUCAGAUUAUCUUUUUAAACAUAUUAUUCAAACUCAGUUGGUGUUGUAGGGGUACAAGAACACAAAUUAGGAUUUCUUUAAUAAACUUCUUUUUC